AUGGGGAAAAAUUCACGUUUAGAAACAUGGCUACAGUAUAGAGUUAGGGUUACAAUAAGUGAUACGAGAUAUUUUGUUGGUACCUUUCUUUCGUAUGAUAGGCAUAUGAAUAUAGUUUUAGUAGAUGCAGAAGAAUUUCGAAAAGUAAAAAGUCAAGAGAAUUCAUUAAAGGAGAUAAAACGUGUGGUUGGAUUAAUAUUAAUAAGAGGAGAAAACAUUGUUUCUUUUACAGCUGAACAAGCACCAAUAAAUAAAAAAUCUAUGGGUACUGUUAUUAAUAAAGGUAUUGCAACCGGUAGAGGUAUACCAUUAAAUAAUUAUGUACCUAUGCAAAAUAAUUUUAAUAAUCCUUUAGGUAAUCCUAUGGGUAAUAUGCCCACAGGUAUGGUAUUAAAUACAGGAACAAAUAAAAACUUAAAUCCUGCAAUUAAUCCAAAUAUAAGAUUACCAAAUAUGGGAAUAAAUAAUCAGAGACCUAUAAUGCCUCCAAUUAGUAUGCAAAUUAAUCAGAACCCACCACAUAAUAAUGCAAAUCAAGCAAAAGGAUUACCCCCAGGUGUUCCACAAUUACCUUUUCCACCUAACGUGAAUCCUCCAGCAGAAUAA